AUGGAGAUAUCUAAGAUCACUGAACCAGAAGAUUGGGAAUAUUUUGCUAAAGGAGCAGCUAAUAUUUUAUUCAAGUAUAUUGGAACUAAUGAUUAUUUAAAACAUAAAUUAUUAAGAAUUCGAUUAUUGAAAGAAGAACAAGAAUAUAUAUCAACUUGUGAAUUAUAUGAUUUUAUUGAAUUGAAAUGUAAGAAUUUAUUUCCUCAACAAAUCAUUGAUAUUCAAUUAAUAGUGUUAACUUCUGAAUUUAUCAAUAAGUUAAAUAAUCAAGGUCAUGAUUUAAUGAUUAGAGAAAGAUAUGGUCUUUUAUUACCAAAUAUCCUUGACGGGAAUUACGAAGAGUUGAGUUUAUCUAAAAAAUGUCAAUUAUAUUAUGAAAAAUGUCCAUCUGAUUCAAUAUCAGACGGUGAUAGUACUCAAGAUUGUGAUGGUAUAAGUUCUGUCAUAUUUGAGAUCAAACCAAAAUGGUUGUAUGAUAAUUAUAAUUCAAAUUAUUGUCGUACAUGUUCAUUAAACCAAUUGAAAAAUGUUCCUAGACAUUUUUGUCCAUUAGAUUUAUUAUAUCCUGAAACUAUAGAUCAGGCUUUAAUUGAUUUAUUUAAACCAAUUCCUGUUGAUAUACUUGAUAAAAUUGAAAAAUUGAUUCCUUUGAAAAAAUUAUUUAAAAUUUAUUUGAAUAAUGAAAAUAAUGUUUUUCAACAAUUAAGAAAAUAUCAAAAAAUUAAUAAUAAAAAUGAUUUAAUUGAAAAUUUAACUAGUUCAGAUGAUGUUAGUUCAAAUUUAUCAUUAAUUAUGACAUUAAGAGAUGUUGGAUUAUUCUUAAAAUUUGAAAAAUUCAAUGAAAACAACCAUCUUCAUACGUCCCAUAAUAAUAUUAAUAAUGUUUAUAUCGUUGACGGUGAAAAAUUUUUACUUACUUGUAAUAUUUACGAUUUGGACUUGAAGUCCAAAAUGAAGUAUAAAUAUUGGUUGAAAAUUGAAAAUGAUUUACAAGCCAUAUACAAUAGUUCCAAUCCAAAUUGGAGAUAUUGUACUAAAUAUCCAGGCAGAACCAACAACAAUGACGACAAAGUGCAAGCCAAAGAGUAG